AAAAGGGUGGUUAAGGAAAGGGAGCACUUGAGUUAUACUGGUUCUUUUGUAAUGCAAGGCUUGGAGAUGUCAGAAAAAGAAGUCUCCAAAUCUUGAGUUAAACAGCUCACACCCAGACCCACUACUAAAGCACAGCGGAUUACCAGGCUGUUCGCAGAUCAGAGGUAAAGGGCAUUAGUGCAAAGUUCAUUAGCCCUGUGUGGCUGCGGGUCCAUGAGUCCAUGCGUUUGGUUACCAUGACUCAGCUGCCACAUGGGAGCGUUCCUGGCAAAACACUCACAUACCUGGACUGACCAACAAAGAAACAAGAAGAACAAAGAGUCACUAUUUUCAGUAGCACCUGCCUCUUUGGGUUUUCAGGAGCUGGUGUCCAAGGGGGGGGGAUUGACUUUAGCUCUAAAAUAAGUAUUUGCAGUGCCCUGAGAAUCACCACUUGACUUUCUUCCUUGACACAACUAAGUUUAGGAGACCUUAAAUCACUAUUUUUUUGAAACAUGUAAAGGUUUUGAUUGAUAUUUCCCUAAAAAAAGAUGAAAACAGCAGACAGCCUGGCUUUUUAUUGAUUAAAAACCUCUUUCUUGCUAAGGCAAAUGUGUUACGCCCUGUAGAGACCCUGUGGAUGAUGUAAGAAAAUGUAGCAAUGUGCAAUUUUCUUCCUUCUCCUAAGUACUGGGUGUGUAACAAAGUGCUUGGCUUUGAAAAAGUUGCAAGAAGAGGAGAUGAAGUUACAUCAGAGCUACUGGUUUAAGAAUGUGGUGCCAGGCCCACCUAGCAGAAUUAAACCAUCAACAAAAAGGCAGAAAAUCACUAACGUGAGAUGGGAGUAAAAUGUUAGUGCAAGAAAGAGGAGUCUUCUGUGCUACAAGAAUCCCCAGACCUGGAGUGAGCUGGGACUGUGGUUUGCAGGGGAAUUCAGCCACCUGCAGCCUUUUCGGCUUUUUGCUCAGAUACUCUGGUGAAAUGUUCAGAAAAUGAGAACUGAAGCCAUACAACGCACAGCAGCAGAUCAAAAUGCAACAGGUAUUGGUGAAGUCACCUGCUACCAGCAGGCUUGAUUCAAGGGCCUGAGAUGGCUCAGUAAUUACAGUGCUUGCUACAAGCUUUAAUCAUAGUUGAGCCUUAUAUUUUUCUCCAUGCAGUUAUGGAGAUCCAAAAGCCCUGACUCAGUACACUCUUGGUUCAGCCCAAGUCCAAAGACAUGAUCUCAAGAUUCUAACCUGGUUUUGUAAGGGACAACUGUGACUGUCAUGAUGUGUUUAUGUUUAUACCUCAUGUCCUGUCUGUUCUAUCUUCCUCCCUGUGCUUAAAUUUUAUCCAAAUGGCCAUGUUUGCCAGAGAGUUGGGAAUACCCAAGAUACCAGGACUGGGAAUAUCCAAAAUACCAGGUUCCUACAAGUGUUAUGAAAAAAAACCCCACAAACCCAACCAGGCAGAAGAGGAGAGCAAAUUUAGCAAUGACCCCAGAUGGAAAUGUGAGUGGAAACUCGACCUUUGCAAGCCACCAGAGAACCCCCACAGGAGUUUGCUGUGGAUGGCCAUGUGGAUCCCCCUUCAGCCACAGAGCAACCAUGCUUUGUUUUUUUCAAAACCUGCCAAAAUCAGGAUCAAUUGAAAAAAGAUUUUGAGCUGGUGGCUCAGCAAUGGGCUAUAUCAGUCCUUUUCAGAUCACCUAAAAGUUGGGGUCUGCACUGUGGACCCACGCAGCCAGUCAGCUGCCAUGUCCUGCUGUGCCCACCCAGAGACAUGGAGCCCCCAAGCCCUCCAGAAGACAGUUCCUGUGGCCAUGAUGGCCUUUCCUGGUGCCACGAUGCAUACUCUUUUUUUAAUCUUGUCUUCUGUCAGCUGUCAAGUCAAUGAUUAAUCCCACCCGCCAAGGACAUCUUCCAAAAGGCUGACCAAGCAGCGCAGCUCACGGUGGGGAGGUUCAAGGGACAAUUGUGCAAGACAAAAAACUAAACCAAAUACACCACCAAACAAACAAACAAAAAACCCCCACCACCACUCCCCCCAAAAACCACCACCCCCCAAAAAGACAUUUCUGCUGUGUAUUUGACCUGAGCGUGUCCCAAGGAACCCUAAUUACACACCGCAUCCCCUUGAUGCCAGGCACUGCACAAACAGUGGCCCUGUGCAGUCCCUGCUGCCUUUCCCGCAGGCCCAAAGCAUCUCUUCACAUCCAUUUUGCUCAAUUUUUGGUUUAGCCAGCGCACCACACAACCUGGGUCACAAGCAACCAGUCCUGAGCAGUUGGUGCACAGCGUGUUUGGUAAUUAGGGUCUGCCCAAAGACCCCCCCCAAGACACUCCCCACACCCCCAGACACCCACCAGUGUGCCCAGGCAGCCCUGUCCACCUGCUCCAGUUCAAGGCAGGUCCCUAUCCUGGGGGAGCAGCAAGGGGGGACCCAGACCCCGAAAGCAGCUCAGGGGACACACAGGGAGAGCAAAGACCUGCACGUUUGGGGGGGGGGGGGUCCCUUCUUUUUUUUUUUUACCUCAGAAAGCAGUGCCAGCCGCCCCUGCUGCCAUCGCAAGGCUGAGGCAGCACCAUGGAUGCCUUCCAGGAGGUGUUUCAGAAGGUGGAGAAGAUCGGGGAGGGCACCUAUGGCGUUGUGUACAAGGCUCGCAACAAGCGCACGGGGCAGCUGGUGGCCCUCAAGAAGAUCCGCUUGGACUCGGAGACGGAGGGCGUCCCCAGCACUGCGAUCCGAGAAAUCUCACUGCUGAAGGAGCUGAAGCACCCCAACAUAGUCAGGCUUCUGGAUGUCAUACACAGCCAGAAGAAGCUCUAUCUGGUGUUUGAGUAUCUGAAUCAGGACCUGAAGAAAUACAUGGACUCAUCCAGAACUGGAGAGCUUCCUUUAAGCUUGGUCAAGAACUACCUUUUCCAGCUGCUGCAGGGCGUGAGCUUCUGCCACUCGCACAGAGUCAUCCACAGGGACUUGAAGCCACAGAACUUGCUCAUUAACGAAGCAGGAGCAAUCAAGCUGGCUGAUUUUGGACUGGCAAGAGCUUUCGGAGUCCCCCUGCGCACAUACACUCAUGAGGUGGUGACUCUGUGGUACCGAGCCCCUGAAAUACUGCUGGGAUGCAAAUACUACUCGACUGCUGUGGAUAUCUGGAGCAUCGGCUGCAUCUUUGCAGAAAUGGUAGAAUGGGGAAAGGCCCUGUUUCCAGGGGACUCUGAGAUUGAUCAGCUCUUCCGCAUCUUUCGCACCCUGGGCACUCCCACUGAGGCAACCUGGCCUGGGGUGACCCAGAUGCCUGACUACAAGGGGGACUUUCCCCGGUGGGCAAGGAAGGAGAUGAAGGAAAUUGUUCCCAACUUAGAUCGAGAUGGUAGAGACUUAUUGGUGCAAUUGCUCCUGUAUGAUCCCAGCAGGCGCAUCUCAGCCAAGGCAGCCCUCAAUCACAAGUACUUCUUCUGGCGAAGCCCUCGGAACCCUGAAGAGCAACAUGUGCUGCAGAGACACUGCAAAUGAGAAGGCACAGCUCUCCCCGUGCACUUGCACCUCUGGGUAGCACCGCAUAUCUAGUUUUGGGGACUUAGCAAGGGGCUGGCUGCGACCCAGGGUCUCACUUCUCCUGAGGAGCCUGGAGGGGGACAUUCUUGCGUUUAGAGACUCUCAGCCUGUUGCUGGGGGAAAGUUUGUCUAGGUAACAGCCAGUAGAGCUGUUUUGAAGAGGUCAUGUGCAAAAGGGUGGGGUGUAUUUAUCAGCAUAAAACGCUGAAACGUAGAUAAGAGCGAGCAUCUUUCAGAAGGUUGUCCUUGCAUUAGUCAGCGAGCUAAAGUGACACACAGUUAUUGUCUCUCCAGCACUGGAGCUCCCCCAGUUCUGUCGAUGUCAGUUUCUGACACCAGGGUGUGCUGGAGCUCCACUUUGGGUAGGGGAGCGCUUUUCUCAGCCCUUUGCUGCUGUUAUCAAAGAUUGGGCUUGUCAGCCCUAGACAACUUGUUUAAUCUGAGCUAUUUAACAGAGCUGACAUUCUGCUGUUUCACAAGCUGAAGAGCACUAUCAGGUGUCUUAAUUUGUGCCUUAGGUGGGAUCAAGAAGCCAAAAGAUCCAGUCAGCAUAAAGCACUUGUUGCAUGUGGCUGGAAAAAGUAACAGCUAGAACACUGGCUUUCCAUCAUCAGUCCAGAUGUACUGCUAUUUCCUUUGCUUUAUUGUCUUGGAAAUGUUUUUGCUGUUCAAACGUUUGGAGAAUUCUCACUAACUUUUGGUGUGGUUUUGACAUCUUCAU